AUGGCGAAUCAAUCUGUUGCCUCCACUGCUGGGAAUACCACCAACAAGCGCAAGAGGGGAGUUGCAGACCAGGACAUCGGACGUGAGGCUAAAAUGCCAAAUACGAACGGCGAGCACGACGCUACCACCUUCGGUCUAUUGUUGCAAAGUGAAGGAAUGCUGGUGGACGAUAACGCUCGUACUGCUCAAGCUGCCCUUGCUGCCCCAGGCGUGAAUCCGUCCUCCUAUCCUGAACCACCCCAUCCAAAUGAUGGGGGGGCGGGUCUUCCUUUCACCUUUGACGACGCCAGCCCUACCGUCCCAGCUCAUCCCAUGAGUUCUGCGCAAGCUCUCGCUGACGCUCGCGGUGGCAACACUACCAACAACGGUCCAAAGCCUGCGGUGGGAAGUGCAGAGUGGCAUCAAUUGCGCAAGGACAACCACAAAGAAGUGGAACGCCGUCGCCGUGAGGUCAUCAAUGAAGGCAUUGAAAACAUUGCCAAGAUCGUCCCCGGCACCGAGAAGAACAAGGGCGCGAUCCUCCAGCGCACGUAUGAGUACAUCCAAGAGCUCAUGAACGAGAAGAACAAAAUUGACAACGAGCGCGCCACAUUUGAGAUCACCAUCAAAGAACUCACCAGUCGCCUUGAUCGGAUGAAGGAGUCUGCACGAGCUGCUUGGGCCGAUGCUAGCAAGUGGCAGUCUAGAUGUCGCGAUGCCGGCUUGGCGUUUGAUGAUUACGAUGAUGGCGGUUUGGCAGGGUUCGACGAGGAGGAUGUUACUGCAAACCUCGGAUCAUGA